AUUAUCAAACAGCUGUUUGUCGGAAUUUUUUGCAAUUGCACGUAACUUUCAAAACAUUAAAUUUACCUGAGAAAUGAUAAUCCUGAGUAAAUGCUCGCCUAUAAGACAGAUUUUGAGACGUUGUCAUCGACAGGCGGUUGAAAACAGCAGCAAACAGGCAAAUUUAACCGCAUAUUUGGGGAAAUGGCCCGAAAAAGAGCAGCAGGAAUUCCGGCAGCACAUGCGCAUCAUCACGGACUUCAUCAGUGAAACGGAGGAGCAGCAGCUUCAUGAGGAAAUCGAACCCUAUAUAAGCCGACUGCGCUACGAAUUCGAUCACUGGGACGAUGCCAUUCACGGAUUCCGGGAGACGGAGCGCAAGAAGUGGUUCCCCCAAAAUCGAGAAAUACUGGAACGCGUGCGCCAAGUCGCCUUCGAUGGUGCCAUUAUGCCCUACGUCCACAUCCUGGAUUUGGCGCCUGAUGGCGUUAUAAAGCCCCACGUGGAUAGCACCCGUUACUGUGGCAACACAAUCUCUGGGAUAAGCUUGCUAAGUGACAGUGUCAUGCGACUUGUGCGCACGGAUGCCCAGCGUUACCAGCAGAAAUCAUCGGGCACUGCUGCAGCAGAGCCGGAAUCGGAAUCCAAGGGGUCAGAGCCCGAUGCAGCUUAUCGCCAUCAGCCGAAGGCGUCGCUGGAGAACAACUUCUACGCAGAUCUGCUGCUGCCACGUCGCUCCUUGUACAUAAUGAGCCACACGGCUCGCUACAAUUUCACGCACGAGAUCCUGGCCAAGGAACAAUCCGAGUUCCAGGGCACGCCGGUGCCGAAGACACGUCGCAUUUCCAUCAUUUGUCGCAACGAACCCUAAGACUACCAUCUAUUGUUGUCGGAGAAUGUAUUUCGGUGCAGCUGGUCUGAUAUUAUAUUUAUUUUUUUAAUACAUUUGAACUUAUCCAAAGGUUAUUUUCGCAGACUAUAUUUAUAUAAAUUGUUCAUAUGAAUUGCAUAUUAUACUUAAAAUACGAUAAAUGAAUCCAAAGCGUGUACAGUAAUUUUAGUUGCUAUCCUAAAGUUAAAUUA